AUGGAGAAGCUGAGGAGGGGGAUGGCUCUUCGUAUCCAUGAAGCCUGCAUACUUCUGUUUGUAAUCCCUGCUUUGGUUGCUCCAGCUGCCAUCAAUCAUGAAGACUACCCUGCCGAUGAAGGGGACCAGACCUCCAGUAAUGACAAUCUGAUCUUUGAUGACUACCGAGGGAAGGGCUGUGUGGAUGACAGUGGCUUUGUGUACAAAUUGGGAGAACGUUUUUUCCCGGGACAUUCCAACUGUCCUUGUGUCUGUACUGAGGAUGGACCUGUUUGCGAUCAACCAGAAUGCCCUAAAAUCCACCCAAAGUGUACAAAAGUGGAACACAAUGGAUGCUGUCCAGAAUGCAAAGAAGUGAAAAACUUUUGUGAAUACCAUGGGAAAAGUUACAAAAUCUUGGAGGAAUUUAAGCCCUCGCCAUGCGAAUGGUGUCGCUGCGAGCCCAGCAAUGAAGUUCACUGUGUUGUAGCAGACUGCGCAGUUCCCGAGUGUGUCAACCCGGUCUAUGAACCAGAACAGUGUUGUCCUGUCUGCAAAAAUGGGUACCGUGCUGAAUACCCCUCACCUACGGUGGCAGCACUUGCUGAUCCCUUCCCAUCUGGUUCACAUCAUGUGAAUACAAACUGUGAGCAUCACUCAGGCUUCCCAGGAGUGCAGGCUCAAAGGUGGCUUCACACGUGUCCAGGAGCUGCUGGAUUUCCCUACCAACCCUUCACUACUGUGACCAUUCCCCCCAGUAACCAGAGUCCCCCACUUUGGGGGUUGGUGGCUUUCUGUGUGGCUGUCCCCAACAUCCCUGGUGACAGGGAGUGGGCAGCAUCUUCCAAAACCAGGCAGAGUGUCCAGAUAACCAGGAGGAAAGGGAAAGAAACAGCUCCUACUGAUGGGAGCGAGGACAAGAGGACAGAAGGAAAAUCAGCCACCUGCUGA